GAUUCAUUUGAAAAACGUUUUUCAAAAGAGAUUGUCUUUGAGUCGAACCACACUUUCAUUGACACAAACCUCACGAGUCUUAAGACAUUACACCACACGAAGACAUGUCUGGCGAUAGCGAUGUGGCAACGAUUGCGCCCACCAUUAAGCUGAAGACGAAGGACGACCAGAUCCGCGAAAUUGACCGCAAAAAGGCGUUGAUGUCUAUCACUAUCAAAGAUAUGGUGGAAGCGAUCACCGAAGACGUGACGAAAGCGAUUCCAUUGCAUCAGAUAUCGGCGGCAACUCUGGACAAAGUGCUGGAAUGGAUUGACGAGCACUUCGACGACCCGCUGGACUCGGAUUCCGACUCAGACAACGAGGACUCGUGCGCCAAAUGUGCCGAAGAUAUCAACGCU